AUGCAUCGCGAUGUUGUCAUUGGUCCGAUGACUAAAUUGUGUCUACACUGUCGCGCUUUGAAGUUUCAAAAAGAAGCGCCUGGCAUGUGUUGCUCCAACGGCAAAAUCAGUUUGCCACCACUGACUGAACCACCAGAACCACUGCUCACUUACGUUGCUGGAGUUACUCGGGAGUCCAAACACUUUCUACAGCAUAUUCGGAAAUACAACUCAUGCUUUCAGAUGACAUCGUUUGGAGCGACGAAUAUUGUGAGAUAUAAUAAUUUUAUGCCCACAUUUAAAGUGCAAGGACAAGUGUAUCAUCAGAUUGCACAACUGUUUGGUCCGAAAUUUCAAAUCCGCAUUGGAGAAUGUAAGAACGAUGACUUCAAACUCAUUACUAGAGCAGACAAAACCCCAUCGAAUGAGCAUGAAAGACGCUUCAAUGCUCCAAUAGCCCCUGAAGUAGCAGCUGUAAUUGUCGGUACAGAAAUUACUCGGCGAAAUAUUGUUAUCAGCAGGCGAAAUCAAACCAAGCAACGUAUUGCUGAAACACAUCGAUCUUACGACGCACUUCAAUAUCCAAUUCUAUUUCCGCGAGGAGAAGACGGUUAUCAUCUCGAAUUGUAUCAAACUCAUCCCGUCACAGGUGCUGCGACAACCAAAAAAGUCAGUUGUAUGGAUUUUUAUGGAUAUCGCAUCAUGAUUCGAGUCGAACAAUCCAACCAUAUCUUAAAGUGUCGUCAUGUUUUUCAACAAUUCAUCGUUGAUAUGUACGCCAAAGUCGAAAGCGAACGACUCAAUUACAUUCGUUACAAUCAAUCGAAGCUUCGAGUCGAAGAUUAUAUUCAUUUGCGAGAUGCAAUCGCGAAUGAUGGAACAAUUGGUAACAUUGGACAAACGAUUAUACUUCCAGCUUCGUAUACUGGAAGUCCAAGACAUAUGCAAGAAUAUGCUCAGGAUUCUCUGACAUAUGUUCGCAGAUAUGGACGUCCAGAUCUUUUCAUUACAUUCACAUGCAAUCCAUCUUGGUGUGAAAUCAAAUAUUUACUUUUGCCUGGCCAACAACCAUCUGAUCGGCAUGACCUCACAGCGAGAGUUUUCAAACAAAAAUUGAUACGUUUUAUGGAUCUCAUCACUAAGAACCAUAUAUAUGGAGAAACUCGCUGUUGGAUGUAUUCCAUCGAAUGGCAGAAAAGAGGUCUACCACAUGCUCAUAUCUUAAUUUGGUUGAUUGAAAAAAUUGUUCCAACUCAAAUUGACGAUAUCAUUACUGCUGAGCUGCCCAACGCAGAAGAAGAUCCAGAAUUAUUUGAAAUUCUGCUGCAAGAAACACAAACUGGUGGCGACGGUUAUCCGUUGUACAGACGACAAAAACCAGAUGAUGGAGGAUACACCACAACUAUCAAAAUCAAUAACGUUGAUUUCGAAGUUGAUAAUCGAUGGAUUAUGCCCUACUCUCCUAUCCUUUCGAAAUCAUUCAAUGCACAUAUCAACGUGGAGUCCUGUAAUUCAGUUAAGUCAAUAAAAUACAUAUGUAAAUAUGUGAAUAAAGGCAGCGAUAUGGCAAUUUUCGGAAUUGCGAAUCCCAAUGCGCCCGUCAAUGAAAUCGAGCAAUUUCAAAUGGGACGUUAUAUUAGCAGUAAUGAAGCUGUAUGGAGAAUUCUUGGUUUCGACAUUCAUGAACGCUUUCCUGCUGUCAUGCAUCUCAGUGUUCACUUGGAAAACGGUCAACGAGUCUACUUCACGGUAGACAACGCACCCCAACGAGUUGCAGAUCCACCAAAUACAACGUUGACCGCUUUUUUCCAAUUGUGUGCAACUGACGAAUUCGCAAAAAUAUUAAUGUAUCACGAAGUCCCGCAGUACUACACUUGGAAUCAAUCGACGAAGAAAUUUUGCAGAAGAAAACGAGGCGCCAGGCAUUCUUCUAUAGCUGGCAUAUUUUCUACUGGUGCACUGGGAAGAGUAUAUACUGUUCAUCUAAAUAAUGGUGAAUGCUACUAUUUGCGAAUGCUGCUUCACGUGGUCAAAGGACCAACAUCGUUUCAAGCAAUCAAAACAAUCGAUGGUCAAGAGUGUGAGACAUACAGAGAAGCAUGUUUUAAACUUGGUUUGCUUGAAAAUGAUCAACAUUGGGACAACACAUUAGCGGAAGCAUCUGAGACAUGUCAUGCCCAUCAAAUACGAACUCUGUUUGCCAUAAUUUUGACAACCUGCGCACCUUCUGAUCCGAAAGGUUUAUGGGAAAAACACAAAGAGAGUAUGAGUGAAGACAUACUUCUCCGAGCACGCAGAAAUAAUCCCGGCUUGGAUGUACAGUAUUCGGAAGACAUUUUCAAUGAAGCAGUGGGGACGCGCUGCAUCGCCGGGACUCAGUAG